AUGUCAAUGGUUAGCGGCAAUGGUGGGGAGCUCAACAGCCGCCAUGCGUGCGCGGCGUGCCGGCACCAAAGGAAGAAGUGUGACGAUGAUUGUGUGAUGGCUCCAUACUUCACAACAGAGAAGGAAGAAGCUUUCAGAGCAGUGCACAAGAUUUUCGGAGUUAGCAACACGUCAAAGUUGCUAAAAAAACUUGAGGAUAAGAACCAUAGGGGUAGGGCUGCGGAGUCUUUCAUAUGGGAAGCCUGUACGUGGAAGCAAGACCCUGUCAAUGGACCUCUAGGUAAGUAUAGACAAUUAGAAAGAGAGAUUGCUCUGCUUAGAGACGCACUGCAACGACAACAAGAAGAACAAGAACAAGAACAAGGAAAGGAUUGUUUGGCUUUGCCAUCGUCCACAGUGGAGCAAGAGUCAAUUGCCUUGGACCAAGGGAGCAAUAAUGGUAGUGACAUGACUUAUGGUUAUGCUAAUCAAAAUUUAGCACCUGCUAAUGGUACUUAUAGUUCUCUGUUACAAGGGCAAGAGGUCACAGUGAGAAAGGGAUUAGUGGAUAAUAAUUGUGUUACAGGUUCUAAUUAUCAGCCAGCAGCUAUUUCACAAGGGGGGCAACAAGCACUAGGGCAAGGAAGACAAGAGACACAAAGAGUGAUUGGAUUUGGUCCUCCAUUAAUGCCAUUUGACCCAACAAUUCAAGGAGGCAAUGGAAGGCCUAUGCGAUUUGAAGGACAAGGCAGAGGAAUUGCAGGAUUGGAUUGUGCAACAAAUUCUCCUAUGGGGCCAAACAUAUAUGGGCAAAUUGGAGGCCAUGUAGCUUUCGACCCUUCUCAGAGACAAUUUGGGCAAGUGGGUGCAGCUCAGAUUGGCCCAAAAUUUAGUGAGGGUUUUCCAGGCCACAUGAGAGCUAUCACCCAAAUACAAGAUGCUGGGUUUUUACCUUAUCAUCAUCAUCUUCUUCAUCAUCAGCCAAUUCAUAUGCAAAGACAGGGGAUGAGCGAAGCUCAAAAUCACCAUAGUUUUCAACAAUACUCUUUCAACAAUCACCAGAGUUACGAAAAUGGUCAAGAUGUAGAGCACUUCAAUCAAGUGAAAAGUGAAAGGCGAUGA